GGAGCCAAGGCCGCCGAGUGCCAACAGCGCAUGCGCGGCCUUUCGGCGGCUUCCUCGCCUGAGUGAGCGCCUUUGGUAGGCUAGGCCUUGAGAGGAACCCUUUGGGGAGAGCUAAAGCCGGCCUUACUUCCACGUUUCGGGCUCUGGCAUAGCCACAGAAGGAGGAGGAGAAGUGGAGCGGGGAUAUUCGCUGCCGAGGCUUGGCCUGGACCAAAAAUGGUUCUACUCCAUAUUAAGCACGGCGACGAAGACCAAUUCCUCCUGAAGGAAACGUGCAGUAGUUCCAUCGAGAAUUUAACACAAGAAGUAAAUAAGAUCUACAAUGGAAGGCUCAAAGUUCAACGCAUUUGUGCAGAGGUGGAAUCUCUUGCAGAACAUGGCAUUUUCUUGCCCCCCAAUAUGCAAGGAUUGACAGAUGAACAAAUUGAAGAGCUGAAACUAAAGGAUGAAUGGGCAGGAAAAUGUAUCCCUAGUGGUGGAAGCAUCUUUAAAAAAGAUGAAAUUGGACGGAGAAAUGGCCAUGCUCCAAAUGAAAAAAUGAAACAAGUUUUAAAAGCAACAGUUGAAGAAGCUAAAGCACUGAUAUCUAAGAAACAAAUUCAAGCCAAUGUGUGUGUUACUAUUGACAUGGUGAAAGAUGCACUGGACCAGCUUCGAGGAGCUGUUAUGAUUGUUUACCCCAUGGGCCUCCCUCCAUAUGACCCAGUUAGAAUGGAGUUUGAAGAUAAAGAAGAUCUGUCAGGAACUCAUGCUGCACUUGAGGUGAUUGAGGAAUCAGAGGCGCAACUGUGGUGGGCAGGAAAGGAGCUGAAGAAAACAAACAAACUUUCUGACUAUGUGGGCAAAAAUGAAAAAACCAAAAUUAUUGUUAAAAUACAAAAAAAAGGACAAGGAGCUCCAGCCCGUGAGCCUGUCAUCAGCAGUGAAGACCACAAACAGAUGAUUCUGUUUUAUCACAAAAGACAAGAGGAGCUCAAGAAAUUAGAAGAAAAUGAUGACGAUGCAUGUUUAGAUUCUGAAUGGGCUGACAGUCAUGCCUUGAAAAGACAAUUUCAUGGUGUAAAGGACAUUAAGUGGCGACCACGAUGAAAUUGUUGCUACAUAUUUUCUUUCUUUACAAAAUGUUGACCCAUGAAGCUCUAGCAGUAAUAGGGAUACAAAACUCAUCAUUAUAAUUUGUGUGAAAUACUAAAUUUAUGUGGAAAUAUUUAUUACUAUGUUUGAAUGGAGAAUAAUUUCAUCUUUACAUGGACACUUUCCCUCUACAAAUAAAAAAAUCUUGUGUUUUGCACAA